AUGGGCAAGAACAUGCCGGCGGGAAAAGCAACUCGAUUUUCCGCUGAAAUGGCUGCUCAUCUAAUGGAUAAUGCCCCAAAUCUAACUUCAGAAAAUGACGACGAUAGCUAUGUGACUGCGGCCUCAACCUCAACAUCGGAGAUUCGAAUGGGCGAACAACUGGUUGAUACAAUCAAAAAAGAUUGGGCUAAAUCAAAAAUCAUCAACGAACCAACAACACAUCAAGAAAGAACGCAUCGAGCAAGCGAGUCAAAUGAUCAACAAACAUCUAAAUUUCCGAUUGUCGGAGCGAGGGGAUCUUGUGAAAGAAGAGAAGCACGAGUGAAACUAAAAAUACACGACAGGAAGAAGUACAACGCGUCGGUCAUUCUGGUCGACAAUCGAAAUGAGUUUGGUCAAUGGGGAAUUUUCGGCUUUCUGAAAGUCGGAUCGGUGAUUCGUUUACAUCUUGAAGAAACGUUUCUCUUAGUGGUCAACCAAAUCGUGAGCAACAAAGAGUUUUUUGGGAUUCAUUCCAACAAGACGCAAUCCGCGUGCAUCUCGAUUGCCCAUGAUCAUUUGCCUUCAGAUUUAUAUCGCCCAGUGCAAAACGUUGAGAAAGCCCAGGCCCAGAUUAUGGUUGAACAUGUGCCUCCAGAAGAGCUUUGCGGUAAAGAUGGAUCUCAAUUGGACAACGUGCAGCUAUAUUUUAAGGAGCUUUACUUGAGUCGAGCCGACAUGUGGAAAAUGAGAAAAGCGCUCAUCGGAAAAACUCUCUUCCAAGAUCGAGAUAUUGUCAGCUCGGUGUUGAAUGUAAACUUACGAAUCAGUGAUAUGUGGCGUAGAGGUGAACAAGUGCGUCAUGGAUAUGUCUCUGCUGAUACUCGUGUCGUUUUUCGAUCCUCGUCUUCAAUGGUUCUUAUUUACCUUCAAGUGUCUGAAGAAAUGUUUCAUAUGGAUGGAACAGGUCACAUGCUUUUUGAGACGUGUACAGCCGGCUUUCUUAGCGCUUUGCUGCAGCAAUGGGAACAUAGUAACUGUUCGCAUUAUGUUUCGAUAAUUAUGUGCUCACGAUGGUUUUUCGAUCAAUCGCCCAGUGCCGAGGAUAUUCAAAGAGAGAAUUUGGUGCCAGAUCAGCAAGGAAGAUACUAUCAGGAUUUCUACAAACUUCUCGUUCAAAAUGAGCACUAUGAGGAUUGGGUGACACCUUUCUCGAAAAUUCUUCACAUUUUCUACGAUUAUCGAGAUAUUAUUUCUGCGGAACUGGGAAGAAAUUUUCCCGAUCUACCAGCAAAUAAUUAUCAUAUAUCUGUUGCUGAUGAUGGAAACUUUUUGCCAAGUCUCAAUAUGAGCAUGAAUAUGUUCUGUAUGUAUCACAGUGAUCGACGAUAUGAAACCACUGGACAAGAGAUCAUUUACGUGACAGCCGGCUAUGGAGUGUUCAAUGUCGAUGAAAAUGCCGUACAACCGACCAAGCAAAAACUCAUCGAUAUGGGCAUUUCUUUGGAUAUGGUUUGUUUGGGCCAACAGCCACUUCACGUGACUCCGCUUUUCAUUUUCCACGAUCGCGAGGGUCAAGUGUAUAAGCAUUACACUCCUCAUUGGAUGAACUAUUCAUACUUUCGGAUGGAUGGCAAGAAACCAACUUUGGCUACUUUUACUCCGAGAGUUAUUCUGCCACAAGACUACACAGAGCCUACUUACGAGCAUCUCUCAAUGGUGGAAGCAGAUGAUGUUAUUGAAUGUGAAGAAAGCGAAAAGGAAGAUUCGGAAGUGAACAGUGGAAUUGAUAAAACACGAGCUCAUAUGGCAAGACUUCUUGAUGCAGCCAGAAGAAAAGUGAAUGGGGAAAGUACGGACACUGAAACUGAUCGAGAAACUGAACAGACUAGCUCGAGAGCUUCUCUGGGAUCUUCUUUGUGCUCUUUAGAUGAAGCUGAUGGUGAUGGAGAAGGCUUUGAUUUAAGCAGAUAUGGAAAUCAUCGAAGAGCUUCGGAUCUUGAUCUUGAAUUGGAAGUUGAGAAAAACGAACUCGAGGAGGGGAUGAGCUCGACAGAUCGAACUACUUUCAUGCAACUCCUCGAGAGGGUGAGCCCCAUCAACAAUGUUGCUCAAAACUCGUCGGAUUUGCUUGAAAAAGAGCUCAACCCAGAUCCAGUGCCAGCUGCUUUGGGUUCAAUUUCACAGAGGGUUCCGCACGUUCAUCGAUUUUCAUCAAUCUCCGGAGUUCCUCAGCAACGAGAGCGAUCAAUCGGCGCAUCAUCACUUGAAGGAGCUGGAGUCACUUUUGAUUUGCGACGAGGAGGAAGUUCGCUUGAAAGUAGUCGAGGUCGAGUCUCUUCGAUGACCCGUGCCAGUCAAGCUCAUUCAUAUCACACGACUACUCAAAACCAACUCCAACCAAAUGUGUAUUCCAAUUUCCCGUUUAAACCCGACUCGCACGUUGUGAUGACAGCCAAUCGUCGAAGAUGGAUCCACGUAUUUCCGAUGGAUGUGCGCGGAAUGAGCAAAUUGGCUCACCAUUAUGUGCAAGGUCGAUCGACUAUCAAUAUUGUGGAUAUCGAAGAACCACCCUCGUCAUCGCAUCGACAAAUCCCAAUUCAAGGUCAGACCGAGUCUCCGUUAAGAAGAGCGGCUUCUCCACAAGCUGGAGGUAUUCAUCAAGGAUCGCCUGGAAGAGUGGCUGCUACAUCACCACUUGAGCCCACUAGUCAACGACCGCCACGCGCUUGGGCAUGGGCUUGGGGCUCAACGGGAGAAGAAAAAUGGAAUCCAGAUCUUACCAUUGGGAUGGAUUGGAAAUCGUUGAUCCGUUCGGCUCUCCUCCCGAUCACCACCGAUUUCUUCCCCGAGGGUUUCACCAUUCGCAAUCAAUACAGAGUUCAUGGACAUCAAGUUCUCGUCGAUCAUAGCUUGAUUGAAGAUAUUGACAUUCCGGAUGUAAAGUCGUUAACACUUUCCGAACUUUCGCAUCUCGUCUUCGACUUGCUCAUCUCUCAGCGACUUCAGAGGGGCUUUCAAAUUGUCACUCUAUCAAGAAGAUUGAUCAAAAGCUCUGUUGCGAAGGCAGGUCGUUUUCCACAAGAUGAAGGAUCUGCUGAUGAUGAUGUCACUCUCACGUUUAGUAAUAUCUAUCAUCGAUUAGUCCGCAGAAGAAAUGAUAUCUAUGUUACGCUUUUAAUUCCGGAUCCAAAUCGAAAGCAAUUUGAAGUGGCCAAGCCGGGAGAAAGUCGAGUAUCUCGUCGACCAACUAAUAAUACAAUUGCACCCUCACAAGAGUCACAAAUCGUUUCAAAUGAUCGAACUUUCGAGAACACGCAAUAUCAAUACUAUUUCCAAGUACCCGAUGCAGAAAGAUAUGAGAAAAGCACGACCAGCUUUAAACCACACAAUCUCGACAAGUUGAACUGGUCAUUAUUGGACACAAAAUUGACCUAUCGAAGUAAAGAUGAGCUGAAGGGAUAUUCGCAGUUAUUCAAGGAUGAGAUGAAAUCCUAUUCAUCUAGGUUCAUGGUUGUUGCCCAAUCGCUUGAUCCCGAUCGAGCGGCUUUGAUUGUUCAGGAGAAGUUGCCAGGAGAAACCUUCCGCGAGCGUGCCCACUCACAACGAGCCAUCUACGGGGAUUUCACAAAGUUUUUGCUUGGUCUUAACAAG